CAUUCUCUUUUCUUUCGACAGAUUCAAUGCAACAUCAUAAUUGCUGCACAGAAAACUUGCCUUAAAUCUAUCAAGGCAUUUUUCUGAAGCACCCCUCUGGGUACACUGAAAGAAUUUGAACAUUAGGAUUUGACAUUUCUUAGUUGUCCAUUUUGUUGCACUUGUACUCACUUUAGAAGUAUACCUGAACUCUGAAACAAUGAACAGCUUCAGUAAUGAGGAGUUUGACUUCACCUUCCUUGAGGAAGGCUUUACUGCCAAGGAUAUUCUUGAUCAAAAAAUAAAUGAAGUUUCUUCCUCUGAUGAUAAAGAUGCUUUCUAUGUUGCUGACCUUGGGGAUGUCCUAAAGAAGCAUUUACGCUGGUUCAAAGCACUCCCUCGAGUAACACCUUUUUAUGCUGUCAAAUGUAAUGACAGUAAAGCUAUAGUGAAAACACUUGCUGCUCUUGGUGCAGGGUUUGAUUGUGCUAGUAAGACGGAAAUCCAGUUGGUGCAGAACAUUGGUGUACCUCCAGAGCGAAUAAUAUAUGCAAAUCCUUGCAAGCAAGUCUCUCAAAUUAAACAUGCAGCAAACAGCGGUGUGCAGAUGAUGACUUUUGAUAGUGAAGUAGAGCUAAUGAAAGUUGCAAGAGCUCAUCCAAAGGCGAAGCUGGUAUUGCGCAUCGCCACUGAUGACUCCAAAGCAGUUUGUCGUUUGAGUGUUAAAUUUGGAGCUACCCUCAAAACUAGCAGACUACUUCUGGAGCGGGCAAGAGAGCUUGACAUUGACAUUAUUGGAGUCAGUUUCCAUGUUGGAAGUGGCUGUACUGACCCAGAGACCUUUGUUCAAGCUAUUUCUGAUGCCCGUUGUGUCUUUGAUAUGGGAACAGAGCUUGGUUUUAAUAUGCAUCUGCUUGAUAUUGGUGGUGGCUUUCCUGGUUCUGAAGAUGUCAAGCUUAAAUUUGAAGAGAUCACCAGUGUAAUCAAUCCAGCAUUGGACAAAUACUUUCCUUGUGAUUCUCGAAUAAGAAUUAUUGCAGAGCCUGGCAGAUACUAUGUUGCAUCAGCUUUCACACUGGCUGUUAACAUAAUUGCAAAAAAAGUUGUACUAAAGGAGCAAUCUGGUUCUGAUGAUGAAGAUGAUACUAAUGGCAAAACUCUGAUGUAUUAUGUGAAUGAUGGAGUGUAUGGCUCAUUCAAUUGCAUCCUAUAUGAUCAUGCGCAUGUUAAGCCAGUCCUGCAAAAGAGACCUAAACCAGAUGAGGGCUAUUAUUCCUGUAGCAUAUGGGGACCAACAUGUGAUGGCCUGGAUCGUAUUGUUGAGCGCUUUGAUAUGCCAGAGUUGCAAGUUGGUGAUUGGAUGCUGUUUGAAAAUAUGGGUGCCUACACAGUUGCAGCUGCUUCUACUUUCAAUGGUUUCCAGAGACCAGCAAUAAAUUAUGUGAUGUCAAGGCCAGCAUGGCAACUAAUGCAGCAGAUUAAAGAGCAAGGCUUCCAAGCAGAAGUGGAGGAGCAGGAUGUCAGUGCUUUGCCACUGUCUUGUGCCUGGGAAAGUGGAAUUGAACAUCAUCCAGCAACUUGUGCUUCAACUAGUAUUAAUGUAUAGAUAUUGUUUAACUGCAAGUUUUUAUUAAUUGAACCCAGGGCAUUUUGGGGACCAUUAACUUAAUUAUUGCUAGAAUUUUAAAACUUAAGUCUAGGGUCAGCAUAAAUGCAACAAAAUGGAUGACUAGGAGAUGGGGGUCACGUUAUCUGUGUUCCUAUGGAAACUAUUUGAAUAUUUUAUAUGGAUUUUUAUUCACUUUCAAGUAUGCUAUUAAAGAUUGACCCUUGCCUGUCAAACAAGCAUUUGUAGCUUGUACAUUGGCAGAAUGGGCUGAACUUAGUGUUGGAGCCUGUUUUAAAAUAAAAUAUAUUGAAAUAACUGAC